UGUCCUCAGCUAAAGAUGGUACUUAAGAUAGUAGCUUCACUCUUUGUCCGACAUCUUGUCGAGGCAGCAGGGUUCCCUUGCGCUCCGGAUCUCGCCAUGCCGCCCAAGGACGACAAAAAGAAGAAAGAUGCUGGAAAGUCGGCCAAGAAAGACAAGGACCCAGUGAACAAAUCCGGGGGCAAGGCCAAAAAGAAGAAGUGGUCCAAAGGCAAAGUUCGGGACAAGCUCAAUAACCUAGUAUUGUUUGACAAAGCAACAUAUGACAAACUCUGUAAGGAAGUUCCCAACUAUAAGCUUAUAACCCCAGCUGUUGUCUCUGAGAGACUGAAGAUCCGCGGCUCCUUGGCCAGGGCAGCCCUUCAGGAGCUCCUCAGUAAAGGACUUAUUAAACUAGUGUCAAAGCACAGAGCUCAAGUAAUUUACACCAGAAACACCAAAGGUGGGGAUGCCCCAGCUGUUGGAGAAGAUGCGUGAACAAAAGGUCCCACCAGCUGUACAUUUUGAAAAAUAAAACUUUAUUAAAUCAAUAAGUGGGUAUGUCUAUUUCCUGAGAGGCCAUCACAAAGGAUAAUCCCAGAUGUGGGGGAACAGCUCUCCCAUGGUGCCGUGGCAGCCUUGCAAAGCCUUAUGCAGCUUGUCAGAGUCCUUGCUGAAUGCCUGUGUGAUGCUCCCAGAACACAAGAGGACUGGAGGCCUGAAAGGAGCUGCUCUGAGGCCAUCUCCCACUCGUCUUCCUCUUUCUGGGGAGGCUGCCAUGAGACAGUUUCUUAUCAACUCCUGGGUGCUGAUGAGGUAUUUGCUUUCUGAGUAGAGCCGCAGACUUGAAAACCACGUAGCUGCAGUCUACACUUGGCUCCCCAGCAACUCCCCACAACUCAUGCUGAGGUCAUCCAGCCCUUUUUGUUUCAGUGUGGUCCUUUCUGGCAUGUGGGACAAAGACUUGGGAAGCUGGCAAUUUGGGCUCUUUUUGCUGUCUAUGUAAGUAAUAAACUGUCUAAACCUAAAA